GUACAAGAAGGGGCCGCACCUCCGAACCAGCACGAAGAAGCCCUUUCGCCUCCUCUCCCACUCCACCCGCGCGAGAAGCCCUAACCGAAGCCACCGAGGCGAGCGGCGGAGGCGGCGGAAGCCAUGGCGGACGACGACUACAACGACGUAGACCUGGGAUAUGAGGAUGAGCCCCCAGAACCUGAGAUUGAGGAGGGGGCUGAGGAAGAGCCUGAGAAUAACAACGAAGAUGCUCCUGAUGAUGUGGAAGGGGCUGAAGCUGAAGACAAGGAACAGGUAAAGAUGGCGCGCCCACGAAAAACGACAAAGUAUAUGACGAAGUACGAGCGUGCACGCAUCCUUGGUACACGUGCAUUGCAGAUUAGCAUGAAUGCUCCAGUUAUGGUUGAGCUUGAAGGUGAAACUGAUCCUCUCGAGAUUGCCAUGAAAGAACUGAGAGCACGCAAGAUCCCUUUCACGAUCAGGCGGUAUUUACCAGAUGGAAGCUACGAGGACUGGGGUGUUGAUGAGCUCAUCGUGGAGGACUCCUGGAAACGGCAAGUUGGUGGGGACUAAAAAUUAGGGUGCUCAGAUUCAAGUUAUAUGUGAGCGCAGAACUUCUGGCCGACUGUUAAAAGUGACACUUGUUGCGGAACUGAGGUUGUAGUAAUGAAUGUAUCUGUUACUGUAAUGCUGUUAUGUGACCUUAACGUGUGACUGCCCGUAGCCGGAACUAAUCUAAUUGCAUGGUUUCAUCAGCC